UUGGAACUGGAGAAGGCUGGGUGUAGAGAAGAGUGUUUUUAUAUGAGAAAUCCUUUUGAGCCCCCAGAUUUCCACAAAUCUCAGCGUGAUUAUGCAAUUGAUGAUUUUCUUGUUAUUGGUGCAACUUGUUAUAUUUGUAAUCAACAAAUUUGUGUGGACGAGGAAUGUUCUCUUUUCUAUAAAAACACUUAUUGUUUGAAUUGUGUUUGGAGAGAAAAGCACAGUUUCCCUGCGGAACUACUUUCGGUACCUUUUCCCAUUUUUUUAAAGUUAUCAGAAAAAUUGGUGCCAGUGAUCAGUUAA